AUGGUGACUGUUCUCCUCCUCUUCAGCUCCCUUGUCCAGGGUUUCUCGGCUAGCGUCAUCAGCAUUUUCAUCAACAGGGAGCUGGCGCUGCAGCCCGUCGAGGUGGCCCAAUACUGGAUGUACAUCGGGUGCACGAUGUGGUGCCAGCCCAUCGUGGGGUAUAUCUCGGACGCUGUUGUGGUCUUUAGCGAGAAGCGGCGGCCACUCUUCGUCUUGGCCGCCAUCAGCAACACCGCGAUCUACACUAUCUACAGCCUUUUCCCUGGAGCCACGAGCGGUUUCGGUAAGUUCGUGGCCCUGUCGAUGGUGAGCCAAUUCUUCACGAUGGGGCUGUACAUCCCGUUGAACGGUUUGGUGGUGGAGUUGGGCUGGCACGACGCGGAAACAGCGGAGGAGAGCAAUGCGCGCAUGAGUGCCAUCAUGUCGAAGACGAUGGUUUGGCGUUCCACCGGGAGUCUGGCCGGGGCGGUGCUGCACACGUGCCUCAUCGCGCUUUUGUCCGUGCGUCCGCUACUGGGCAUCGCCGGCAUUUUGUUCCUCGUACUCGUCCCGAUUGUUCUCGUCACGCCACGGCAUCUUUUUCUCCGUUCCAGCACGCAAGACCAUAGCGUCUGCCGUCAGGUCGGCAAGGCGUGUUGGAUGGUGUGGCGCAGGCUCGACAUCCGUGAUCUAAGCAGCGAUGGCGUCUGCUUUGUCCUUGUGCUCACGUUUGUGUUUCUGUACACAAUGAUGCCUGAUGCGAGCUUUGUCUACGACAGCUACCUCUACGUUGUUUUCGAGUUUCCCAACUGGUUCUACUCGAUGAACGGCUGCGUCGGCCUCCUCGGCUCCAUCGCUGGCGCCUACGUCUUCUCGUACUGGGCGGAUCGACGUGCGACGCAGGAGGCCCGCGGUGGAAUUCGCAUGUCGCUCUUCUUCAUCUUUAUGGUCAGCAGUGUGGCGUGGGCGCUCGGGUACGUGACGAACCUCUUGUUAUGCACCGGGUUCAUCACGGAGACGCUGGGCAUGCCGGCUGCUGUGUACGUGCCUGUCGACACUUUCUUUACUUCCCUCGUUGCGCGAUUUGCCUUCAUGCCGACGCUGGUCAUGGCUGCCGAGCAUGCGCCGAAGUUCUUCGAGGCGACCACGUUUGAGGUGUUCAGCGUGACGAGCAUGGGCGGCAGUAUUGUGUCGGGGUUGUUGAUCAGCAGCAUUGCGAAAGGCUUGCACAUCACCCGCACAGAUUACAGCCAGCUGUGGGCGCUAAUUGUGGUCUCGAUUGUGGCAAAGUUGGUGCCGAUAUUCUUGGCGUAUCUUUUACCGGAGCGGCGCAGUGCUCGCGGUGGUGAGGGCCUUCUUGACGACGCCGUCGUGGUGGCCGGGGACGAAGGAGCGCGGUAG